AUGCCGACACAACUGGAGAGUGCCAUGGAUACUUUAAUCAGGGUCUUCCAUCAUUAUUCAGCAAAAGAAGGGGAUAAAUAUAAACUCAAUAAAGGAGAACUUAAACAGCUCCUCACCAGUGAACUCACUGACUUCCUUUCGUGUCAAAAGGAUCCUCAGCUGGUUGAUAAGAUUAUGAAAGAUCUGGAUAGCAAUAAAGAUAAUGAGGUGGAUUUUAAUGAAUUUGUGGUCCUGGUUGCUGCAUUGACAGUCGCAUGUAAUGAUUUCUUUGAGGAGCAAAUGAGGAAAAAGGAGAAUAGCUAAGGUUCAAUCGUCAUUUGAAAAGAUGAAGACAGUUACUUCUACUGAGCCAAGAGUUUACCUUUUAUUUUUUCCCCCUUAGUACGAUCCUCUUCGUCAGCUCAAGUACUCCUAACACUGACUAUUCAUGUUUUAAAAUAUUAGCACACUGGAACAACUGAGACUUAAGCUAAAUGUGUUGU